CAGAGCCCAGUUGUUUCCGCUUUUACUUCAAUUCAGUCUCUCUUUCGUCUUCAACAUUUCAACUGAAUCCAAUUCUCCAAGAAAAAAAUCUCCAGUGAAGGAAAAAGAAGAACAAAAGUUGAAAGGUUUCUUUGAGCAAUGGAAGGAUCAGUUUUCACUCCAUCACUGGAAGGGAUGAAGCAUAUCAAAUCUCCAGAAGGAGAAAUGCUUGCUAAGCCCUUUUUGGAAGUCUGCAAGAUGAUUUUGCCAGUUAUAGAUAAGUUUGGGUCUGCUAUGGCUCUUGUAAAGAGUGAUGUCGGUGGUAACAUAUCGAGGUUGGAAAAGAAAUACGAAACUGAUCCCACUAAAUACAAAUACUUGUACAAUAUGGUGAAAGAAGAGGUCGAGUGUAAAACCGCAACAGGUUCAUCUAGCUGUACCAAUGGUCUUCUUUGGUUGACACGAGCGAUGGAUUUCCUCGUAGAACUGUUCCGCAAUUUGCUUUCACAUCCAGAUUGGACUAUGACAGAAUGUUGCACUGACUCCUAUGGCAAAACCCUGAAGAAGUUUCAUGGCUGGAUUGCUAGUUCCAGUUUCACGAUUGCAAUGAAGCUGGCUCCGGAUAGGAAGAAGUUCAUGGAAGUGAUAGCUGGCUCUGGAGAUGUUAACGCUGACAUGGAGAAGUUUUGUUCGACUUUCCCUCAGUUUCUUGAGGAGAACCACAAAUUCCUGGCGAAUUUCGGUUUGGAUGAUCUGAAGGCUUGAUGAUGGAACGAGUUCAACGAGUACAGGAGAGAUGGCUUGUAGUUUUACUCGUAUGUUUGAAUUUCCAGCAUCUGCUUUUGGCUUCUAAACCGUGAAAUAAUUAAUGACUAAACACAGUGUUAAUCAUUUAGUUAUUUUGUU